AUGACGCCACUGCGCAGUCGUACUAUACCCAGCAACCCCCGAUAUGUCUUACAGCAGUACAAAUUGAAGCCAAGACCGAUGAGAACCAUAGAUGGACGCAGAAAUCCUAUCAGCAUCAGCAAACUCCGAUGCAAUCGGAAUAAUGCAAAACGCGCCAACCUUAGAAACUUCCCGAACUGGUGA